CCUGUUGGUAAGGGAAAAUGUCCUUGUUAGUAAAGGACAUAUUAUCCCAGUUGGUAUGGGAUAUGGGGCAGGCAUAACUAAAAUCCCUGUUGGCAUGGGAUUGGCUUAGCAUCUCAUAUGGCAACCAGUUGGUUUAAUCUCAUAUGCUGGUGAAAAAGCCUGUGGUUUCUGCCAAAUAGUAAAUCAGGGAAGGUCCCAGCUCAGAAAUCCAAAAAGGCCCCAAAACCAGCACCAGUAGAAGAAUCGUCUGAGGAAGAGUCUGAUGAUGAUGACGAUGAUGAUGAUGUGGAGAUGGAACAGGUAAAUGGAAAGGCCUCACCACAAAAGAGAAAGGCUGCAGAAGUUGAAGACAGUGAUGAAGAUGAUGAUGACGAUGAUGAUGAUGAUGACGACGACGAAGAAGAAGUUGCAAAACCAGCCCCAAGUAAAAAGGCAAAAGUCACAAAAGCAGCAGCAAAAGAGGAAAGUAGUGAUGAUGACGAUGACGAUGAAGAAGAUGAUGACGAUGAAGAGGAAGCUCCAGCCCCAAAAGCUAAAGCCAAGGCUGUGAAACAGGCCAAGAAAGAAGAAUCAGAUGAUGAAGAGGAUGAUGAGGAUGAUGAUGAAGAAAGUAGUGAAGAGGAGGAGGAGGAGGAAGAAGAAGAGAAACCAGUCCAAAAACAAAAGGCGAAGAAAGAUAAAAAGGAAAAGGCGGAGAAUGGAAGUGGAGAUCAAGACGGCUCUACCUUGUUUGUCAAAAACAUUGCGAGCAGCGUAGACAAAGAUAUGUUGUCGGAAAUGUUUCCAGGAUCCACGGAAAUCCGCAUGCCCACAAAGCAUGAUGGAUCUCCUAAAGGGUUUGCAUACCUGGAGUUUGAUGAUCCCAAGAAAGUCAAGAAAUACCUGGAGACCAAACAGGGGGAGGAGCUUGAAGGACAGGAGUUGUUCCUUGACUUGGCCAACAAAAAGCCGGCUAAUGACAGGAACCAGAGAGGAGGAAGAGGAGGCGGGGGCAGAGGAGGUGGAGGUGGAAGAGGAGGCAAAAGUGACCCUUCAAAGAUCCUUUUUGUGAAAAAUCUCAGCUACAACACCACAAAUGACAGUUUGGCUGAUGCAUUCGAUGGCUGUUCAUCUGCCCGAGUUGCCAUGGAGAGGGACAAUCCUGGAAGAUCAAGAGGAUUUGGAUUUGUGGAAUUUGACUCGGUGGAAUCCGCCAAAGAUGCUUUUAACUCCAUGAAAGGACAGGAGGUUGAUGGACGUCAGGUCUUCCUUGACUUUGCCGAGGAGAGAUCAGGUGGUGGCGGUGGUGGUCGAGGAGGUGGUUUCCGUGGCGGUAGAGGAGGUCGUGGAGGCGGGCGUGGAUUUGGAGGAGGUCGAGGUGGAGGCAGGGGACGAGGAGGAUUUGGAGGAGGACGAGGAGGCGGAGGAUUCACCAAGAGCCCAGCUGCAAAGGGAGCUGUACAAGAUUUCAAAGGAAAAAAGAAGACCUUCAGUGAAGAUGAUUGAAACCAGAUUAUAUGAUGACACCAGAGUCUUGUAAACACAAGCCACCACAGUGCAAUCCUGUUGAACGUUUUUCAGAAAAAUGACUGUUGUUUGAGAAGAAAUGAUCUAUUUUAAACACCAUUUUCUCUUUUUUAAAACUGUAGACUUUUAUACAUGUACUUUCCAUAUCAUAGAUUCAAUGGUCAUUUGACUGACUUUAUUCUAGUUCUUUGAUGGUUUUAUCUGGCUUGAAUAGUUAAGUAUGUUAGAGAAGGUUGUACAUAUAGAACUAUGUAUGUAUACACAUUGCUGUUCAUGAACUCUCAUCAUCAUGGUCAUUUUGUUGUUAUGUAUGUCCACAUUGUUUAUUCCUGCAUCAUUUUUUUUAAAUUGUGAUGAAUGUUGUUAAAUAUAUAAAGAUCAACAAAAAAUAAAGAGCUGCUAUAAUA